CGCGCGAGGGACGUGUUCAGGCGUCUCCGCCAUUUUGUGAGUCUAUAACUCGGAGCCGUUGGGUCGGUUCCUGCUAUUCCGGCGCCUCCACUCCGUCCCCUCCGGGUCUCCUCUGUGUGCAAUGGACGGCAUUGUCCCAGACAUAGCAGUUGGUACAAAGCGGGGAUCGGACGAGCUCUUCUCUGCCUGCGUUACUAACGGACCCUUUAUCAUGAGCAGCAACUCGGCCUCCGCAGCAAAUGGAAAUGAUAGCAAGAAGUUCAAAGGUGACAACAGAAGUGCAGGUGUGCCCUCCAGAGUGAUUCACAUCCGGAAGCUCCCCAGUGAUGUUACUGAAGGCGAGGUCAUUUCUCUGGGACUGCCCUUUGGGAAGGUCACCAAUCUCUUGAUGCUCAAAGGGAAAAACCAGGCCUUCAUUGAGAUGAACACAGAGGAGGCAGCCAACACCAUGGUGAACUACUACACCUCCGUGACGCCUGUGCUUCGCGGCCAGCCCAUCUACAUCCAGUUCUCCAACCACAAGGAGCUUAAGACUGACAGCUCCCCCAACCAGGCACGGGCCCAGGCAGCCUUACACGCUGUGAACUCGGUUCAGUCGGGGAACCUGGCGCUAGCUGCCUCGGCCGCUGCUGUGGAUGCCGGGAUGGCAAUGGCCGGCCAGAGUCCAGUGCUCAGGAUCAUUGUGGAGAACCUCUUUUACCCAGUCACCCUGGAUGUGCUACACCAGAUCUUCUCCAAGUUUGGCACAGUUCUGAAAAUCAUCACUUUCACCAAGAACAACCAGUUCCAGGCACUGUUGCAGUAUGCUGAACCUGUGAGCGCCCAACACGCCAAGCUGUCACUGGAUGGGCAGAACAUCUACAAUGCCUGCUGCACGCUCCGCAUUGACUUUUCCAAGCUUACCAGCCUCAAUGUCAAGUACAACAAUGACAAGAGCCGAGACUAUACUCGUCCUGACUUGCCCUCUGGUGACAGCCAGCCUUCCCUGGACCAGACCAUGGCUGCAGCCUUUGGUGCACCUGGUAUAAUGUCAGCCUCUCCGUAUGCAGGAGCUGGUUUCCCUCCCACCUUUGCCAUUCCUCAAGCUGCAGGCCUCUCUGUUCCCAAUGUGCAUGGGGCCCUGGCCCCUCUGGCCAUCCCAUCGGCGGCGGCAGCGGCAGCAGCAGCAGGCCGGAUUGCCAUCCCAGGCCUGGCAGGUGCUGGAAAUUCUGUCCUGCUGGUCAGCAACCUCAACCCCGAGAGAGUCACACCCCAAAGCCUCUUUAUUCUUUUCGGCGUGUAUGGUGAUGUGCAGCGGGUGAAGAUUUUGUUCAACAAGAAGGAGAAUGCCCUGGUACAGAUGGCCGAUGGGAGCCAAGCACAGCUGGCCAUGAGCCACCUCAAUGGGCACAAGCUGCACGGGAAACCCGUGCGCAUCACGCUGUCUAAGCACCAAAACGUGCAGCUGCCCCGUGAGGGCCAGGAAGACCAGGGCCUCACCAAGGACUACGGGAAUUCACCCCUGCACCGCUUCAAGAAACCUGGCUCCAAGAACUUUCAGAACAUCUUCCCACCCUCAGCUACCCUGCAUCUUUCCAACAUCCCGCCUUCUGUAUCCGAGGAUGACCUGAAGAUCCUCUUCUCCAGCAACGGUGGAGUUGUCAAAGGGUUCAAGUUCUUCCAGAAGGACCGCAAGAUGGCACUGAUCCAGAUGGGCUCCGUGGAGGAGGCCAUCCAGGCUCUCAUUGACCUGCACAACCAUGACCUGGGCGAGAACCACCACCUGCGGGUGUCCUUCUCCAAGUCCACCAUCUAGGCUCCCCCACCAAGGACCAGCCUGCCGGGCUGUCCCGGUGACAACUUCCAUCAUUCCAGAAAAUAGCCACUUUAAAAGCAGCUGAAGUGACCUUAAAAGACCAGAGAUUCUAUUUUUUUAAAGAGAAAUCAGUUUACCUGUUUUUAAAAAAAUUAAAUCUAAUUCACCUUGCUCACCUUGGGGAGAUGGGGUGCCAGCCUCAGGCUCUUGGUGACACAUGGACAUUAUGCCUGCUCCUCCCUGGCCCCUUGCCUGUGCCUUCUGCAGCCUGCGGGGUGGGCAGUCCCAAACCUCCAUUCCAUUUUCUUGUGCCUUAAAACCCGCUGCUCUGGCAGGGCCUUCUUGCAGUAGCAAAUGUGUAGAGGUUUGGGAACUGAGGGGCAAGGCUCCUGCAGGGAUCAUAUCAUGUGCCUGGCAUGGGAGGAGGCUGCCAGCUGCAGGAUCUGCCGAAAAUCCCAGUUCUCCCAAUAUCCCGCUGAUCUCAUUUAAUCAAGUGUGUGAUUCUCCCCACCCCACCUCACCCCACUCCUGGCUUGAGGUGCCCCUCCUGGGCUAAGACCCCUGCCCUGAGGGUACAUCCCUGCCGCCUCUUCAGCUUGGAGCUUUGUUUCAUUGUAAAAUCUAUUGUGCUUUGAUGCAGUUGCAGACGUCUGUGCCUAGCAAUAUUUCCAGUUGACCAAAUAUUCUAAUCUUCAUUUAUAUGCAAAAGACAUAGUUUUAAGUAACCUUUUAUAUAGCAAGAUGAUAAAAAAUGGUAUGAGUGUAAUCUAAAUUUCCUGCUUAUAUGACCUUGUAUACUGUACUCUUAUUUUAUUCCUUGUAAUUAAGUUGCAGGGCAGGAUCUAGUUUCCAGGGCAGACGCAGUGGGGGCCACCAAGGAGCCAGGCUCUUCUAGCGAGCCCAGGCCCGAGACCUCCAGACGCCUUACACCUAACCUGUCCUCUGGCUGGGAGGACAAGGGCUCUUAAACUUUCAGGGUUUCUAAUAUCCUGCAAAUUUUGGACCAAAGUUGUUUUUUGUCUGCCUCUAACGCUGGGGCCCCUUAAGGUGGGACAACAGCUGUUGAGUCUUAACUGUCUCCUUUACCUUGUGUAGUCCUGCACUCACGUGUCCAAGGGGCUUUCCUGUGCGCAGACCUCGUGCUGGCCGGCCCCUCUUCUCGGGGCCUGGACCCCUGAGUGUUCGUGUUGGGGUAGGGACAAGGGUUUAAAUAUUUAUAAUUUUUUAUACCAGUUGUAAGGCAUGAGGGGCAGAAAAUGCAGGGGUGUUUUUUUUUUAUGGUGACACAAAUGUAUAUUUUGAUACCAGCAAUUACAGGCUCAGUAUUGUAAUGUGGAGCAUGGCACAUUCCACUGCCUGCCUGACGGCUUGUAAUGUGGAGAGAACUGAAUUAAAGCGAUUUUAUAACAACUCUUGCCUUUUCUGCAGGCUCUCUGUUCACAUUGUGGAAGGCAGUCUGGGCAGUCUGUACUGGACUUUGAAUAAAUUCUCUGUAUCCUGCA